GGUCGUCUUCUCCGUGCUCGUUGCCGUCGUUCACGCCGUGCUCGUCGCCGCCGUUCGCGCCGUGGGUCGUCGCUGCCGUGCUCGUCGCCGCCGUUCACGCCGUGGGUCGUCGCUGCUGGCUGCUGUGUGCAGCGGGUAACGCGUGGCUGCUGUCGUGGCUGGUUGCAGGGGUCGUGGCUGGGUUCCGAGGUCGCGCUGUGUGUUGGAGCUUCGAGGGGUUGCAGCUGCGUUCUAAAGCCAACAACAACUCAGCUUUUGCUUCUGCUUUUUUCAGUUUCAUUAUUAGUGCAAGAUGCCUCGUUCUAAAGCCAACAAGAACUCAAAGAAACAGAAGGGCAUUGACUUCAAGAAAAUAAGGCGAAAGGUUGGGAGGAAACUGCCACCACCUAAGAAUACAACAGAUACUGAAAUUAAAUCUAAAGCAAUUGUUCUUCCGGAACAGAGUCUUGCGGCAGAGAAGGCAGGUUUGGCUGUAAACAAGAAAGGUUUGACUUUAAAAGAACUUCUCCAGCAAACAUCUCAUCACAAUCCAAAAGUUCGUAGAGAUGCAUUGAUUGGUAUUAAGGAUUUAUUCACCAGAUAUCCAGCUGAACAGAAGUUGCACAAAUAUGCUGCUGUAGAAAAACUUCGUGAGCGCAUUGGUGAUGAUGAUAAAGUGGUUCGAAAAUCAUUAUAUGAUCUUUUUAAAGUAGUGAUUUUACCUUGCUGUAAAGAGGACAAUCAAGAGCUGAUCGUUUCUUUAUUGGUGCCUUACAUUUUUAAUGCAAUGACUCAUUUGGUGGUUGAUGUUCGGAUGAUGGCAUUUGAUUUUUUAGACCUCAUUCUUGAGUUUUAUCCUCCUUCCUUUUCACCAUCUUAUGCAGAAAAGAUUUUUCAGAAUUAUGAGGAUAUUCUAGUGAGGAACCAGUACUAUUUACAGGACAAAGGAAAACUAAAGGAUGCUCUUGCUGGGCUGGUUCGCUGCUUGUCACUCCUGCCAUGGAAUAAAGAAGAAACUGAUUUGCACAAUAAGGAUGCUACUGGACAAAGGGUAUUGCAUGCCUUUGAAGUUGAUGUGUCUAUGAGCUCUAAUGGUUUUUCUUAUAUCAUAAAGAAUUUGAAGGAUCUAGUGCCAGUAUUAAUAAAUAGUUUCCUGGAAUUUAUUCCAUUGGUUCAUGCUAUGGAAAGUCUUGAAGGGAAGUCUUUUGGUUGUAUGAUAUCCAUUCUUCAUAGCAUAUAUCUUAUAGUCAGGUCUAUUGCUUAUGGGACUGAUAAGGAUUCAGAAUCCCCAAGUUCUCAAGGUGGACCUGAUGCAGCUGUAUGGGAUGUUAACAUCUCUUCUACAUUCUUGAAGAAAUUAUUUCCUCGUUUCCCCCUCAACCCGGUUGAUCAUCUUUCUGAAAAGGAUUGUGAUAGGUUGUUUGACUUGAACAUGAUCGUUGCCAAAAUAUUUUUUGAAUUAAAUGAAUGGACGAGUCUUCCUCCUAAUUUGUUGGAGACAUUUCUAGAAUUUUUUGAAAAUGCUUUGCUUGGGAAGUUCUGCAGGGCUACACAGUCUGGUAAGGCUGUCUGGGAAGAGUGUUUAGUUCAGCUCCUUUCAUUUAUUCCUAAAUUUCUUUCACGUGGGGCAAGCUCUUGGACAUCACGUCUUCUUCAGGCUUUUACCCAGACAUUUAGGGAAAGCAAGCCAGGUUCCUUGAUGAAAUUGGCAUGUGUUUCUGCUAUUGAAGAUAUGCUAACUCCUAUUGAAAGCAUGCUUUCCAUAGAGACAAGCAAUCCAGAAAAUUUAGAACUUCAAGAUGCCUUACUCGCAUGGAUUAGAGAGCUCCCUCUGUUGCUUAUCCAGCUUGGAGAUAAACACCCAACCUGCUCCCAGGUUGUGUUACGCCUUCAACUUCGUAUUGGACAAUGUUCUUUGUUGAAUUCAUCACUUGUUUGUAUGUAUGACAACACACAGUACUCAUUGCUAGAUUUUUAUUGUACAUGUCAAGGAGGACAGAUAUGUUAUGGUCCUUUUCUCAGGCUUCCUAGAGAAUCUCAAGAGCUCUCUUUAUGUUCCCUUUACUAUUUCUCUUAUUUGGACCUGCCUAUUUUAAAGUCAAUAGCUUGUUGUUGCCUAAGUGCAGAUCUAGAUCCCUAUGUGUUAUUUAGGAUCAUAGAGGUUCUCCAUUCAGCCUAUAGAGAUGGACAUAUAAAAAUUGCAGAUUACUUGAGUGUUUUCAUCACCUUGGUCUUGCGUUUCAAAGUUUCCCCUGAAAUCGGUUCUGCUGGUUUUAAGAGUGAUCCACUCUGCCAAACUUUGAAGUCAAUGACAACUGUUCUUUGCUCAUACAUGGCACAGAUGGGUGACAAUUCUCUUGUUCUGCAGAUAGUAGAGAAAGUGGUAAUUGAUCAGAUACCACAAAUGCCUUCUUUGGAUAAUAGUUGCUCUCUCCUGAGAAUGCUUGUUACAGUGGAUUCCAAGCCCACAAGACUUUCUGAACAAAGCAUUAUCAUUCUAGGCCAGCAUCUUUCUGAAUAUCUGAUGGAUGCUGUGCAGUGCAUUCCAGAAGAUGGUGAUGAACAGGGGACUCCCUCCAUUCAAUUAAGUACUCAGCAUUAUUAUCUCCUACCUUGUUUUUUCUUGUUUGAUCGGUGCCAUAAACUUAUGAAUCUUGUGUUGAAGAGAAUGGGAUCAGCUAUAACUGAAAGUAGUUUGUCACCAAUAUCUGAUAAAUGCACUCAACAUACAAGGAACUGUUUGGAUAGAGUGAAUGCUGUCACUUCUGUACUUUUUUUGAUGCACAAGGAUGCUAAAUUGCAACCGAUUAUGUCUUUAUUCAAGGAAGAUAUUGAUAACGUCAUACAUAAAGUUUUUUCUUUAAAGACAUCAGGGCGGAUCAGUACGACAAUUGAAGAAAGGCAUGAAAUACAAUGUGCAUUUGAACGACUGAAAAUCUUAACGGGAUAACAAUUGUCAAGAAGGAUGUUCUGAAUUGAGAAACUGGUUCAUGAUAUUUGCAGGCAUCGUUGGCAUAGAAGGGAGUUUUUUUUGUCAAAUUGACAGACAGAGGACAUGGACUGAGCUCUGGGGUAGGUGUAAUUUGAUCUCUCUCCAUAUGUGUGUGCCCUUUUUGUCUUAGAUUGCUUCCGAGUUGUAACUUUUUCUCUCUAACUUGCGGCGAAGUCUGGAUCAAAACUGGUAAACUUUGUUAGGGUAAACUCGGCAUCAGUUUUAUUACUAUCAGAGCAUACUUGGCAUUGGCAUCCUCAUCUACUAACCUACUUCUCCCAAGUUUAAUUUGCAAGCAGUUUUGAGGCCUGCCUGCAGCAGGCACUUUAUUUCACUUUGGAGAAAUCUAAAUUUUGCAUGCAGCCUCAGUUUUGUUUCACUGUGUUUCUAUUAGCUAGCCUCGUGAUGAGCGUCAAUGGCUUAGACACAGUAGAUAUUAUAGUUUUCGUGUUAAUUUUCUUUCCUAUACAAGUAUACAACAAUAGUGUUAAGACUAAAGAUUUCUGACCAAAAUUUUGAUGAUAAUAUAACUUUAUAUGAGAUUAUUUAAGUAAUUUAACAAAGUCACCAAGUGUAAAAAAUCA